GCGCUGGCAGGCAAGGCAGCCUGCCAGCAGCAGCAGCAGCAGCAGCAGCAGCAGCGGCAGCAGCAGCCGCAGCAGCAGCCGCAGCAGCAGCUGCAGCAGCAGCCGCAGCGGCAGCCGCAGCAGCAGCCGCAGCGGCAGCCGCAGCAGCAGCCGCAGCGGCAGCAGCAGCAGCAGCGGCAGCAGCAGCAGCAGCGGCAGCAGCAGCAGCAGCGGCAGCAGCAGCAGCAGCAGCGGCAGCGCCAACGGCUCACUUGA